UUCAAACGGCUCUCCCCGCUCCUCCAUCAUUCAUCCUGGACGCGAGUCUUAGGUAGCCAGUCUCCUCCGCCCGCGUGGCGGAUUCAGGUCUCUCCAAACAGGCAUGUCGAGCUCAACUCCCCCGCUUCCCCAAGCAGAAGCGAUGGCAACCGAGGCGUGUUUCCCCCCUGGGUACAAGCCUUUCAACCCCGAGGAGCAUGGCUUGGAGCGCGGCUUUCGUCUCACAGCCUUCUCGGAAAUGAAAGGAUGAGGCUGCAAAGUCCCGCAGGAGGCUCUGCUCAAACUCCUGGCGGGACUCGAGCCGAACCGGGUCGAUGGGCCGAGGAAGGACGGAGACCACGCGUCCGAGUUCACGGAGCAGUUGCCCGGCCCACGACUAGGAGUGGGGAUGGAUUGCUGUGUGAUCCCUCUGAGGCACGGUGGGCUUUCUUUAGUCCAGACAACAGACUUUUUCUACCCUCUAGUGGAGGAUCCCUACAUGAUGGGCAAGAUAGCAUGUGCAAAUGUCCUUAGUGAUCUCUACGCUAUGGGCAUCACAGAGUGUGACAACAUGCUGAUGCUGCUCAGUGUCAGCCAGAAAAUGAACGACAAGGACCGUGAACGGGUCAUGCCGCUAAUGAUUCGAGGAUUCCGCGAUGCUGCUGAAGAGGGAGGAACUUCAGUGACAGGCGGACAGACUGUGGUCAAUCCUUGGAUAAUUAUAGGGGGAGUGGCUUCAGUUGUCUGCCAGCCCACCGACUUCAUCAUGCCAGACGGUGCUGUCCCAGGUGAUGUCUUGGUGCUUACUAAACCCCUUGGGACACAGGUCGCUGUCAAUGCUCACCAGUGGCUCGACCAGCCUGAUCGGUGGAACAAGAUCAAGCUUGUCAUCACCAAGCAGGAAGUGAAAGAGGCCUAUCAGGAAGCUAUGUUUUCAAUGGCAACGCUUAACCGUACAGCGGCAGGUCUCAUGCACAAGUUCCAGGCCCAUGCAGCAACAGACGUGACGGGCUUCGGUUUGUUGGGACAUGCCAACAACUUGGCAAAACAACAAAGCAACGAUGUGGCCUUCGUCAUCCAUAACCUACCCAUCAUAGCCAAGAUGGCUGCCGUCAGCAAAGCAUGUGGAAACAUAUUCAAUCUGGUUCAGGGCACAUCAUCCGAAACAUCAGGUGGACUGCUGGUGUGUCUGCCCAGAGAACAGGCAGCUAAGUUUUGUUCUGAGAUGAAGAGCCAGAGCUCAGGGGGUGGAGGUCAGGGUGCCUGGAUCAUUGGAAUUGUAGAGAAAGGAGACCGUCGAGCUCGCAUCAUUGACAAACCCCGCAUAAUUGAGGUUCCGCCACGAGGAAGCCCAGUGGCCAAUCAGGAUAACAAUUCUGCCAGCCCUGUGCCUGGUUCCAAUUUGUCCUAGACUGUAUGAAUAUGUGUCAUCAUGUGUGUGAGUGGCGAGUAUGCUGUCCGUAUCUUCUGGAAAGCACAAACCACAACUCAGUUUUCUCCCAUAAGAGUUGGUAUGUAUGGACCUACAUACUUAUUAAUCUAGUGUAAUUACCCAGUCUUUGGUACAUUUAAAUCUUGUCAUCUUAACUUAAUUGGGGGAAUGAAUGGAAAAUUAAAUGUUAACAUUCCAAAUCGUCCUUACUGGAUUAAACAAAAAAAAUAUUAAUCAGUGAACGAUUGUAUGUUUGAGUACGGAUGAUUUUUAUGUCACGUGGGCUAUUUUAAUGGCUUAAGUUGAAUAGGGGCUGAUGUGUAUGAUUUUUUUUGCCCCCCGCAUUAAUGGAAUGGUGCAUCUGUCGUUUGUCUGGCUCAGGCAUUACAGUCCAGAGGAAGGUUUGAGCAGCUUUCUCUGGACACGUGGCGCCAGGUACAGAUGGACUUUUUUCAGCUGAUUGGUUGUCCAGCAACAAGUCGGUUACAUUCUUCCUGUUUAUGAAACUCUGCCCCUAAACCCCAGCUAAGGGGCCAGGUGGAGUGGAUGCUUGUCAAUGGAAGGGUAACGCUGACUUGACUAGCUGGAGGGCUAAAGCUGUUUGUAUAUUUCCCGCUUUUCACAAUCAAAUAAAAACAAAAAAUCAA